GCACGCCACACGCCACGUUUCGCCAGUCUUAUUAGUUUGCUCGUCAGUAAUAGUGGCUAGCUUUUCAGUUCUUCAUUUGGUUCAAUAAUUUAGUCAAGAUGAGUGCUCCAGCACCAGCUUAUAAGACCGGAAUAGCCAAAAUGGUAUUAUCCGGUGAUACCGUGAUAAUAAGAGGGCAUCCGCAAGGUGGGCCGCCUCCAGAAAAAGUCAUCGCGCUGUCGGGCAUCACAGCGCCCAAACUCGCUCGACAGAAAACAGUCAACAACAAUUCUGAAACAAAGGAUGAACCAUUUGGGUGGGAAGCUCGUGAAUUUCUACGAAAAAAAUUAGUAGGCAAAGUAGUCACAUUCACCUCAGAGAAACCCCCAAAUGCAUCAAGAGAGUAUGGAUCUAUUUGGAUAGGGAAAGAUCCAACAAAAGAUGAAAAUGUGAUAGAAUCCCUGCUGGCUGAAGGAUUAGUGAAAAUAAGAGAUAGCAGCCGGAACUUUCCACCAAUGAAAAAAUUUAUUGAAAUUGAAGAUGCCGCAAGAGCACAAGGCAAGGGUCUAUGGGGUACUGAUAUCCAGAAACAUGUCCGGGAUAUUAAGUGGACUAUUGAUAAUCCGAAACAAUUCGUAAACAAACAUAAUGGCCACCCUAUCAAGGCGAUUGUAGAAUAUGUACGUGAUGGGUCUACCGUGAGAAUGACAUUACUGCCUGAUUACUACACCAUUACUUUGAUGAUAUCUGGAAUUAGAUGUUCUCCAAUUAAGCAAGAUGGAGAAUCAGAUCAAUUUGCUGAAGAAGCGAGAUAUUUUGUGGAAGCCAAAUUGCUGCAGCAAGAUGUUGAAGUUAUUCUUGAAUCAGUUAACAAUGCAUAUUUUGUGGGAACCAUCUUACACCCCGCUGGGAACAUCGCUGAAGCUCUGCUCAGACAAGGAUUCGCAAAAUGCGUUGAUUGGUCCCUUGCAGUUAUGAAAUCUGGUGCUGCUGCACUGAGAGCUGCUGAAAAAGCAGCAAAGGAAUCUAAAACACGGAUGUGGACUAACUAUACAUCUAAUGCGCCUAUUAUUUCACCUAAAGACAAAGAGUUUACAGGAGUUGUGUUGGAAAUUGUGAACGGAGAUGCUCUUAUGAUCAAAUUAUCCAAUGGUAUACAUAAGAAGAUAUUUUUGGCCAGCAUUAGACCACCUCGUGAAAAGAACAACGGUCCAGAUGAAGAAGGUAAGCAGUCACCGAGACCAAAAGGGUUCAAACCUCUGUAUGAAAUUCCUUGGAUGUUUGAAGCGCGCGAAUUCCUGAGGAAGAAACUCAUUGGCAAGAAAGUUAGUGUGACUGUUGAUUACAUUCAGCCAGCUAAAGACACCUACCCAGCCAAGACUUGCUGCACUGUCAUGGCUGGUGGAACUAACAUUGCAGAGGCACUAGUAAGCAAGGGUUAUGCAACUGUUGUAAGAUACAGAAAUGAUAAUGACCAGAGAAGCUCCCACUAUGACAAACUACUGGAAUCUGAAUUGAAGGCUCAAAAGGCAGCAAUUGGAAUACACGCCAAGAAAGAUAUUCCCACUCAUCGCGUACAAGAUACCAGCGGUGAUCCAGCUAAAGCAAGAAAAUUCUUACCAUUCCUCAAGAGAAUUCAGAAAACUGAAGCUGUAGUUGAAUUCGUCGCCAGCGGAUCCAGACUCCGUUUGUACAUUCCCAAAGAGUCUGUCCUCGUUACAUUCUUGCUGGCUGGAGUUGUCUGCCCUCGAGGUGCCCGCCCUGGUGCUGGCGGAGGACCCAUGCAAAUUGCUGAGCCGCAUGGCGAAGAAGCCCUGCAGUUUACCAAGGAGAAAUGCCUCCAGCGUGAUGUGCAUGUCACCAUUGAGGACAUGGACAAGGCCGGCAGCUUCAUCGGCUGGCUCUGGAUAGAAAAUGAGAACAUGUCUGUCUCCUUGGUUGAGCAUGGCCUUGCUACUAUGCAUCAUGCCGCUGAGUCCUCGGAAUACGCGCGAGCAAUUAAGACAGCAGAGGAGAACGCUAAGAUGAAACGCAUCGGAGUUUGGAGGGAUUUCAUUGAAGCGGACCGUGAAAUCGAAAAGGAGAGGAAUGCCCCAAUUAUGGAACGCGUUGUCAAGUACGACAAAGUUAUUGUCACUGUUGUUAAGCCUGAUGGCAAUUUCUACGUCCAGAAUAUUGAUCUUAUUCCUAAGUUGGAGGCGUUGAUGGAACGGAUGCACCAUGAUUUUAAAAAUUGCAGCAGCCCGAUGCCUGGUUCGUUUGUACCCCGGAAGGGAUACAUGUGUGCGGCGCGCUUCACUGCCGACAACAAUUGGUACAGAGCAAAAGUUGAGAAGGUUACGGACGAUGGAUUUGCUCAUGUCUUGUACGUUGAUUAUGGAAACAGAGAGAUACUAGACUUCACCCGGCUGGCCCCCAUACCGCCCAGCCUGGACAUCGAGCCGCCGUACGUUAAUGAAUAUGUACUGAGCUGCAUCAAGUUGCCAUCUGACGCUGAUGACUUGCGCGAGGCGGUACGUGCAUUCUGUGCUGACACGCUCAACAAGAAACUGCUCCUCAACGUUGAAUCCCGCGGCACACCGCCUGCUGUCACCCUCGUCGAUGCUGCAACCAACUCCGACAUUGGAAAGAAUCUGAUCAAGGAGGGUCUUGUGCUGAUGGAUUAUACCCGCGAGCCGCGCCUGGCUGGGCUGAUGGGCGAGUACCGCGCUGCGCAGGAGCACGCGAAGACCUCGCGGCUGAACCUGUGGCGGCAUGGAGACAUCACCGAGGAUGACGCCAUCGAGUUUGGAGCGCGUCGCUAGCAUACGUAUUUGUGGUUCGAUGUAACCGCAACAGCAUCGCACAGGCGUACCUGUGCCACUUGCGCCGAACCCAGAGACAUCAUGAAAGUCCUUAUGGAUUUCCUGUAAAUCAAUAAACUCUUACCUCCCAAAUUUUUAAACUUUGAUGAUUAUCUAUAUAACCGUUAUGUGAGAGGACACAGCCCCAUAGUUAUGUGUAUUUGAUGUACGUGUGGCAAUUUGUAAGCCGAUAACGAUAUUGCGAGUAAUUUGCUUCUCUUAGUGAAAUAUUUGAUAUCUUGAUGUACCUAUUUUAAUGUAAUGUUUGUAGUACGAACGUAAGUUCUGUUAAAAUAUUAAAUAUUUAUAGAGUUCUUUUAAUUUAUUUACAUUGUCAUUUUGUUUGAUCAAAAUACUUUCUUAUGAGUUCAAUUACCCCUCAGCUCUCCAUCUCUUCUUUUUAAAAUGUUUUACACGUUAUCCUUGGCAGUUUUCAUAAGUUAAUUAUUAGAGAAAUAUGUUUUGUUUUUUCUACAAUAUGGUAUUUUGAAUAUUUUAUAUGUAUAGAUGAAUUUUAUAGAAUAUGUAAUGUUGGUAUUUACUUAUUUACAUAUGUCUAAUGUUCCCUAUGAGAGAUCACUGCCAAUAUCUUUUUUCUAUAUUAUAAUGAGUUUUUGUAUAAUUGAGAUUUUUAUAACAAAUAUAUAUAUAUAUAUAUAUAUAUUUUAAUCUCUCAUGGGGAUUAAUUUGAUAUUAUAGAUUUUAUAUAUAAUGAAAUGAAAUUAAUUAAUAAUUCCAUGAUCUAUUAUUACCUAAUAUUAUAUGAUAAAGGACUUUUGAGGUAAAAAAAAAGUUUUUAACAUAAUAUAAAUAAAUUAAAUGACCUAGGAAUAUGCAUGCAUUUAUCACAUUUAUCUAUAAAAAGUAGAUUUUUGUGUUAAUAGAAUUGGAUGUCGUGAAACAAUUACUUAAUUAAGAUAUAUGUGUCCUGUAACGAUUUUAAACAAUUUUCAAGAUGAUUCGUAAAAUAAUAUGUGUGAUUCCCUUAGCUCUGUCCCUCUGAUACAUAAAUUAUAAUAAUAUUCGAUGUCACGUAGUUUACAGCAUAAGUUGAUGGUUAAAUAAACAUGAUAUAAUUAAUUCAUAUUCA